AUGGAGCAAGAAGCACGGGAAAACUCGUCUGCAGGAACGAGAAAAACUGGGGACGAGAUGACAGACAUGGUGGUUGAUUUGGAGUCCUACGUUAAGGUUGAACUCGACAUGGAAAAGAAAAGAAUAGAAGUGGGGCGUAAUGUGUCCGGUAUAACUCAAGCUCUGUUUCAGAAUGAAGAGGAGGAUGAAGAUGAGAGUGAUAAUGAUGAUGAAGAUAGUGGCACAGACCAUUUUAACUCUGAAAAUUCAGGGACUAGGCUGCAAAGAUGUGAGCGCCAUGGAGCUGUGAAUUCAAGUCUUCCUGACACCUUCCAGACCAGCCACCUGCUGUUCUAUGAGAGAUUCAAGGCGUACCAGGACUACAUGCUCGGAGACUGUAAGCCAUCUGAGGUAAAGGCCUUCACAGCAGACUACCUGGAAAAGGUGGUGGAACCGUGUGAUUGGUUGGCUCUGUGGUCUACUAACGUCUUUGAUGUCCUGGUGGAGGUGUGUGAUGUGGACUUGAAGGAUCUGAAGGCUUCUGUGAGGCUGGUGCUGCCUUUGCAGUGUGACACCAGAGGCUGUGAACUCACUGAGGAGGCCAUGAAGUCUCUGCUGGAGGCCACUGAGCACAAAGUCCCUCUAAAGGAGCUCCAAGUGGUCUAUGAGCAGUCUGGGGACUUUGAUCAGACCGCCCUCGCUCUUGAGCACCUCAGGUUUUUCUAUAAACACAUCUGGAGGCAGUGGGAUGAGGAAGAUGAAGAUGAUGACUUUGACUACUUUGUUCGUUGUGUGGAGCCUCGUCUCAGGCUCUACUACGACAUCUUAGAAGACAGAGUCCCAGCAGGCCUGGUGGCAGAGUACCAGUCCUUACUGGAAAACUGCUUUCAGUGCUUCCAGCAGUUCUCUGUGUUGCGCAGUGGCCUCAGCACUGACUCAGACUCAGAGCUGGACAAUGUAUCCAUGGUGGAGGGCCUGAAGCUCUACGACCAGCUGGAGACGUUCAAACGCAAGCUUCACAUUAUUGAGAACCCCCUGUUGAGGUAUGUGCUGGGCUACAGAGGCAAUGCCAGGCAACAGUGUGUGCAGAGCCGUGGACUCAGAGCAUCAGGUAUAAAGGUGGUCCAUGUGGUCACAGCCUCCUGCAGCACUAUCCAGCUCCAGUCCCUCCUUUGUGACAGACUGCUGCCACUGUGUUCCUCUGAGGACACAGAGAUUCAGUUCCAUAAAGACCCAGUGUCAGCGGUGGAAACAUGCCAUCAGGGUGACAUGGUCAUUGUUCUCCCAGGGAUCUAUAGUGUCAGCAGCUCCAUAUUCCUACCAGACUCCAUCACUGUAGAAGGCUUCGGGCUUCCUGAUGAGGUGGUGAUUGAGAAGAAAAACAAGGGCGACUCAUUUGUGGAGUCCACUGGAGCUGAUGUCAGACUUUCUAACAUCAAGUUUAUCCAACACGAUGCUAUUGAGGGCAUUCUGUGUGUGCGUCAGGGGACUCUGAACAUGGAGAACUGUGUGCUGCAGUGUGAGACCACGGGGGUGAUUGUACGAACAUCAGCCCGUCUCACCAUGAACAUGUGUGACCUGUAUGGCUCUAAGGGGGCUGGUGUGGAGAUUUACCCCGGCAGUGUUUGCAGUCUGGUUGGUAACGGUAUCCAUCACUGUAAGGACGGUGUUCUCAUCAAGGACUUUGCUGAUGAGCUUGAUGUGAUGCCGUUAAUCACCAUGGAGAACAAUGUGAUCCACAACAAUGAAGGCUAUGGGGUGAUUCUAGUGAAACCCAACAAUGGGGAACAACAUGGAGUUCCUCUGGACACAAGUGAAGAAAACCAUACUGAACCAACCACAGAGAACAACAGCACAGGUGGUGACGCAGCCUCAACCUCAAGCAGAAAGUGGCAGUUUAGUCGUCAGCUGAGCAAAAACAAGGAGACGUCCUGCAGCCGAGCUGUCCAGGACCUGAUGGACCACCAGAUCUUCGUCUCCAUUCAGGGAAACCAGUUCAGACGCAAUGGGAUGGGAGAUUUAGGCACCUUUUUCUACUGACAAAUAACUUCAACACUCUGAACUUUUCUAUUGACAAAAUGUCAGGCUGGACGUCAAUACACGUCGGCAAUCAGAACUAGCAUGCGUCUUUUAAGAUCUUCACCAGAGUUUAUUUAAUGGACAGUUUUUAGAUGAUUGCCUUUGUUUGGCAAUAUAUACAAUUAGCUAAUUCACACCCAUCCAUUGUGUUCUGCAGAGACAAUAAUGUUCCUGUGUAUCAAGUGUGUUGUGAUCCAUUACAAGCUGUGUGUUUCUAAAGCACUCUGGCUUCUGCCUGUUUGAUGGUAAAUUGAUCCCCACGUUUGCACCAAUGCUUUUAUCUUAUUUAUUUCUUCGGGCAUCUGACGCUAAAUGUUUUUAAUUUUUUUUUAAUGCAUAAUUUGUUUGAAAUCCACUUUAGUCACGUUUAAUGCAGUUUUGGUAGUUCCACUUCAAAUGUAAUAAAUGUAACCUUUUAAGGUAGUGAACGCAGUACGCAGUUAAUUAUAGAUUUCACACAAAUAUUCAUUGUUUUCUUUGUUUAUUAGUUAGAUGUGAUUUUCACGUGGUGCCUCUGUGUUUUAUGGUUGAGGGAAGUCUUCAGGUUGACGGGCUCUAACAGUAGAAGCCCGGUGAAAAUAAUAGAGCUGCAACAAUUAGAAACGUAUCCAAUUAUUUUGAUAAUGAUUCAUCGUUUUUAGUAUUUUUUUAUGCAAAAAUGGCACACAAAAAAUGCUGUGGUCAGCCUCUCGAAUAUGGCAAUUUCUUGCUUUUCUUUGUUUUAUGUCAUAUUACACUAAAUAUCUUGGGUUUUGGAUAAAACAAAGACAUUAAGAGUUAUCACCUUAUACUGAGGAACUGGGAUGGACAUUUUUCUUUAUUUUUUAGAUCAUCGAUUAGCCUAAAAAAUAAACUGAUGUUUGAUAUUUAGAUUGACUGAUGAUCCAAAUGAGUCUUUGGUUUAAACUGCUACUUGUGGAAAUUGUGAAUAUAAUGAAAGUCCUGCAGAUUAAAAAGUGUCUGUUGAAACGUC